UGCAAUGUUUAGGUUAGGCAUAGUGUGUAGUGUGCACAGUGUGGUAGCCAAGUGUGUUGUUCAGUUUGAGUUCGUUCUGCCGACCCAAACAAAAUGGCAACCGGAGGGUUUGAUCCACGAAUGUCUGGUGGAAGACAAAUAAGGCUUCAAGUUUGCAGAUAUUUUCUCCAUGGAGCAUGCAACAGAGGAGACAGUUGCAGAUUUUCCCAUGACAAAUCAAGAGCUGUUCCAGUUGACAAUAUAUGUCGUUACUAUCUAGCUGGGAAUUGUGUUUAUGGAGAUCGCUGCAGGUACGACCAUGUGAAAACAGCUGUUCCUUCAGCUUCAGAGCUGUCAACGACUAGUAAGAAGGCAGAAAAUGAAAGGAAUGUGCCACAACUACAGUCAAACAUGGUCAAGCUGAAGAAAGGUGGACUGGAGCAAAGUUUGGCACAUGCAAAGCACGAGCAAGAAAAAGAGUUGUUUGAAAAGAAAUGGGUGGAGGCAAAAGAUUUUGUCCCUGGUCAAAAAUUCCAUGGUUCAGUUCCAGGAAGUUAUGCACAGGCAGCUCAUUCAGAUGUGGAUCAAGCAGUGGGAGGAUUUGACCCUGGGAAACCUCCGAAGGAAGUCACAGAAGAGGACUUACUCUGCCCAUACUUUGCCCAUGGGCAUUGCUCGUUUGAGAACUGUGCAUAUCUGCAUGGCGAAGUCUGUGAUAUGUGUGGCUUGCCUCGAUUGCAUCCGACUAAUAAAGAUCUCCGAGAGUCACAUCAAAAGGAAUGUCUAGAAGAGCACAGGAAAGAGAUGGAGCUUGCGUUUCUCAUGAAAGACAGCAGUGAGAAAGAAUGUGGUAUCUGUUUAGAGGUCACCACGGAGAAAGUAGGAGAGAACGGGGCCCCAGUGGAUCGUCGUUUUGGUCUAUUGGAGAACUGUGCCCACUGUUUCUGCUUGACAUGUAUCAAGGAGUGGAGGAAGGAGAGGUAUGCAGAGAAAGAAACCCACAGAUCCUGUCCCAUUUGUCGUACUCAUUCAAACUUUGUCACUCCAAGUGAGUUCUGGGUAGACUCUGAAGAAAAGAAGAAGGAGCUCAUUGCAGACUACCUAGCCGAAAUAAGCAAAAAGCCGUGCCAGUAUUUCAAGCAAGGUAAAGGAGAGUGCCCUUUCUACGACAAAUGUUUCUACUUACACGCUUUGCCGGAUGGGUCCAUAGCUCCGCCACAGGCCAGGCCGAAAAGACGGAGACGAGUGGAUGCGGAUGGGGAAGACCAUGUGGAAGAAUACAGUUUGUGGGACUUUUUUGCGUCUCGUGAUGAUGACUCUCUGAUCUCGUUGGACGAUGAGCUGUCUCUGAUAUUGUUGGAUGUUCUUCACUCGGAUGACGAAGAGGAGAGGUUUGGAGUGCGAUUCAACCUUGAGAACGGCGACUUUGUCUUCACUGACUCUGACUCUGAUUAAUCUAGUAGUGGAAUGAAGUGUGACCGUGUCUGCUGCACAAAUGGACAUAAGUGGGAGAGUGUUUUUUGCUGGUUGAAAUGGAAGCUUGAAUGUAAUAGAGAGAAUGUAUGAAUGUGUACAGACAUAGGUAUGGAAGGUGGUUGCUAAAAUGUAUUUCCAUGAAAAAUGUUUCUUCUAUAAAAGGAAAGAUUAGUUUCUUUUUUUCUUUUUUUUUUUCUCCUCUAAACACGGUAUUUUUUGUUUGGUCUUUAAUUUCAUCCCCCCCCCCCCCCGAGUAUAUGCAAUACUUAUGAUGCAUGGACUUUUGGGGUAUCUUUUUAAUGCUUUAAUAAUAUUGUAGAGCUUACUUUGAUGUGUGAUAGUCCUCGUUUUCUGGUAUGGUCUCAGGGUAUGUGUCAUUUGUAGUAAAACUACUAAUACCUACCUUGGGCUUCUUUUUUGGGGAAACACCAUUCAUUUUCUUCCUGCAUAUUUUCAUACCCCUGUUGUAAAUAUUGUUUAAAAAUGAAACUAGAGGUCCAGUCACAUCUUGUGCAUACAGCUGAAUGGGUGUUUACUUGCAUCCUGAUAUAGUGAUGCAGACAGACUUUUGUGUUGCAUGCUAAGUACAAUUACUUUAGUAAGAGUUUUAUGGCACUUGCAACACAAUAAGGUCAUAUAAGUGCUGAAGAUUACAAGUGUUACAAGAGAGUAACAAGCAUUAAAAAAGAGGAGGAGAGAUAAGGACUGUAGGUUUGGCAGAAAAGAAGGAGCAAAUCACACUAGAGUAUCUGCCAAUCACCCACUAAUUACUUUCCUCCUUAAAAAGAGGAUCAUCUGAGAUCACCUUCAGUCAUGGAACCAGAACCAAAGGUGGGCACCUUGUGCAGGUGUUACAGUACUUUCAACCAUCUGUUCUAAGGCUAGCAAAAGGUGCAAGCUUCUUGCCAGAGCAUAAGUGUUCUUUAAGGACCCGUUGGACUUCAGAAUAAUUUUUCUUUAAUAGGUUUUUUAGGCUUGAUUCUAACUUUCAUAUUAUGUAAACUACUUUGCCGUGCAGUGGACAAUAUUCAAGGUGUUGACGGUUUUUAUCAUUUGAAGUAAUUCCAUAAUUGUACUUUCUAAUAAAAUGAAGAGGAUCAAUUAUUUUUAAGGCGAUUUAAAAAAAGUUUAAGUGACAUUUAUUGUAUUUGUAUGCUUGCCUUUCCUCCAUUUUAUCUGAUUUUUUUUGCUUAGUACAUGUAUUUCGAGUUAACUUAAUGCUUGUCUCAGAGUGAUAAAAGUAAUUAUUGUACGUGAUAUCUAGCCUGGUCUGAAAAUUACACAAUUCUCUUACUACUGAAAACCCCAUAGAUUUCUGCAGAGAAAGGUCUUUUGCAUAAAUAUUCAUACACUUGAGAAAUGUAGUUGACCUACUUUAGUUAAAUCUUCUGUCUAAAUUUAUUUGCGUCUGUUCUCCGACUUUGUGUUACUUACAUUUAUAGAGAAAUAUAUUUCAGCACAGUAGUGGGUGUAUUUGUGCUUUGAGAAGGAUGGACAGAAUUUAAAAACGAGCAAAAAAGUAGUGGAUACUGAAGAUAUGGGAGCUUCACAACAGCGCCCCACCCCCCAUCUUUGAUCUUUGACUGGAAGUACACGCCCAUUAAUUUGGCACUACCCACCUUCUUUCUCGCCGUUUGUCUUUCCAGGGGGUGUCAGUGUCUUGAAUUUGAGGCUGUUGCCACAGGGAAAAGUAUUGUUGUUUUAAUUAAUAGCCUCUCUCUAUAUAUAUAUAUUUAAUUGCACAUAAAGUGUUUGAUACAUUUGUUGUUGUUGUUGUUGCUGUUUUUACUUUUAUUAAGUAAUUCAUUCCUCCUAAUUUAUUUAUGAUAUUCUUCAAUGAUUUGGUUUUUGAGUACCUUACUGGCGUCUGUGAUGUAGCAGUUAGGCGCUUCACUGUUGCAUGCAGGAGAUCUGGUUUUGAUUCCUGAGUGGGGUCAAUUUUUGUCAAGUAUGUCGGGUCUUUCUGCUGGGAUGUUGUAUCUCUCCCCCCACCAGGUUGGCCCUUAUAGGCAGGGUCAGAAGCCCACUUCCUAAGGGAUCUAAAUUGUGUCAAUGGGUUCGUAAAAAUACCUACAUUGAAAAGAAGAAAAAGUUGAUUUUGCUUGGUAAAAAUUGUGUGAGAAAAUAAAUAUAUGUUAAUAAAGAAUGACUUUGUAAAAGCCA